AUGUCAGCUGACCCAAACGCUACGGGCUCGGACCUCUCAAGUCCUGUCAAAAAAAUCGUGUCGAGCUGAGCAGAACGUCUGGAAUAGGGCAACGCGAGUGAAAUUGACUAAAUCUCUAGACCUGAAACCCUGUAGAAAGUUCUUCACUGCCUUUCUUCUUUUCUUCUUCGCGUGGUUAAGAUCCGUGGUUUUUAAGUUCUGAGAGCAUGGAAGUAUUUGGAGUGCCACGUGGCAAGCGUCCCCGGGUGCAAGUCUCGAUGGAUGACAAGGAGCGGGCCAUAGCCCGAAUUCGCGGGGGGGAAACCAAGGCCGGAAUAUCCCGUGAACUGGGUGUUCCGGAGUCCACGGUGCGCGGUUGGGUCAAACGAGCCGAACAGCGGAUGGCUCGCGAGGCAGUAGCUAACCAGCAGGGUUCCGCCAGCUAUCCCUCCAUCCUGACCAUGGCCUUGACCAAGCCGCAGGUCGCCAUUGCCACAAAGCCGUCGGUUUCAUCUGUCACUUCGAAAUCGUCUUCGUCAUCGUCUCCGCUGGCCUUGAACUCCCUGAAGCUGCCUCAGAAGCGGAAUUAUAAUGGUCAUCCGGUGCCACGCCCCCUGGUUCCAGUGCAGAAUCCAGCAGAUGCGCCCAUUCCCAUUCCAGUGCCCAUUCCCGUGCCGAUUCCCAUGCCUUUCCCAGUGCCCCCAAUCACUUCCACUGACAGUCAGCAGCAGAUGAAUGCCUGGUUGCACAUUUUCAAUGCCGGACUGCUGAACUUCACACUGAUUGCCACCGCUGCAGUGCACCAGGCUCGAUCUCGUGGCCUGGCGGACCGCCUGCCGUUGUGGCAGAUUAUCACGGACUUCGUUGACGACGCCGGACGCAAUGUGGCCGCCAACGGGGGUCGGUACAUCGAGCCACUAGUGCCCGCAUCACACAUCCCAGUCACCAGCCAGAUGCCAGGACGAUCGAGUCCCACGCAACGAAUGGCCCAAGCGCCAGUGCAAGUGCAUAUGCAUCGCGGGAACUUGAAGGCUCUACCGGUCCACAUCACCGCCGAGGAUGACGAAGAGAGCUCCACAGACGCCGACAUGGAGAUCUGAUUACACCAAGGAAAUGAAGGGACAUUUCUUUACA